ACCCCGCACCUGAGCCGAACGUGGAGGAUCGUGCUCGGAAGGGGCGAGGGUACUACAUCGGCAGCACGAAACGCCCGCUCAGCCGCGUUGCGGAGGACCGUCAACACCCAACUCCCAUGUCGAUUAUAGUAGAAGGUCUGCUGUUUCAACACUAUAUGCAGACAUUAGUGCACUCGAUACAACUCCGCUUAUUCUGCCAACUUCGCAACACCUACAUACGUUCUGUCUUUUCCACAACAGCGAACGAUGACUGCAGCUCCUCCCAUCAAAUCGGUAACUCCCCUCCACGUUGGACAAUUUCUAUUUGUGCGUAUCGAGACUGAAGAUGGAUUGGUGGGUUGGGGAGAGUCCGGAGUCUGGGGCCACAUCGAAGCUGGCGCCACGGCUGUGAGCCGAUUUGCCGAAUACCUUGUAGGCAAGUCGGCCUUUGACAUUGAGCAUCACUGGAACGUUAUGCAUCGCUUCAGCUAUUUUCAAGGCAUGGCGAUUAAUGCCGCUAUCUCGGGUAUCGACAUCGCACUGUGGGACAUCAAAGGCAAGGCCCUUGGAGUGCCCGUUUGGCAGCUGCUCGGAGGAGCAUGCCGACAAAAAGCAAGAGUAUAUGGACACAUCUACGAGAAAACAAUAGAGGGCGUCCUAGAAGAGUGCAAAAGGAAGAAAGAUCUGGGCUAUACCGCUUUCGGUCAUAUCAACCCAUUCCUCGACGAAGGUCACGAUCAAGUCUAUUUCAAACCUCACGUCAAGAAGAUGCAAGAUGCGGCAGACAAUGUGCGGAGGAUGCGAGAGGUCGUUGGUGACGAGGUUGAUCUUCUGGUUGAACUUCAUCGCCGCCUGACCCCAGCCGAGGCCGUCACCUUCACAAACAUGAUUAAGGAUUAUAACCCGAUGUUCGUCGAAGACCCAAUCCGCCCGGAAAGUGCGGAUGCAAUGGCACGUGUCGCCGACCGCAUCGCUGUGCCUAUCGCUACAGGAGAAAGAUUCAGCACAAUCUACGAGUUCCAAGCUCUGCUUUCACGAGACGCGCUCGAGUAUGUCCGUGUUGACGUAGCUCUUUGCGGAGGCAUCACAGGUGCCAAGAAAGUCGCCGCUAUGGCCGAGGCGCACAACGUGCAGGUUGUACCCCACAACCCUCUCUCACCGAUUGGUCUUGCCGCAUGUCUCCAGAUCGCUGCCUGUAUACCCAACUUCGCCAUUCAGGAAUACGCAACUGGGUUUGAAAGUGGUAUUUUCACUUCAUCUCUGGAUCAUCUCGGCAGCGAUGUCGUCGAUUUUGUACCAAAGGUUGAGAAAGGCUUUGUGGACAUUCCAACACGCCCUGGUAUUGGCAUCAAUGUUCUGGACAACGCAAAGGACAUCCGACCGGCAUACAAGCAGAACAUGCACAUGAGACCCCAUUACGAUGGAUUUGUCGUUGAUCAGUAGAUAGGUCAGCAGUGUAAUGGAGAGCAGACACGUGAAAUUAUACAAUAGAGCUUUGGAC